AUGAAAAUGCACAAUCAUCAGACUAGUAUUGGUGAUGAAUCAACAUCAUCAUCUUCAUCCAAUAAUACUGCAUCUGAUUAUAAGCCAGCAAUAAAUGAACUUUUAAGAAUUCAACAACAGCAACAACAACAACAACAACAACAACAUAGUAUCAUUGAAUCACAACAAUUAGAUUAUGCAACUCUUGUACCAGUUCAAUCACUUGCAAGUACAAAAGUUGAAUUAGAAACACCCACAAUGCACUAUUAUGACACUGCACAACCAUUACCAUCUUCGAAUUAUAUGUUAACACAAUCACCUUAUGAUUUAAAUCAUACUAUCGACAAUGGUAAUGGCGAUUUAGUUUCAUCUGGAGCACGUCAAACACAAACUACAACAUCAACAGCAUCGGGUAAUCGCCGCGGUAAUACGCCUUCUAAACCUCCUUAUUCCUAUAUAAGUCUUAUUACUAUGGCCAUACAACAUGCGCCAACAGGCAUGGUAACAUUAAAUGAUAUCUAUCAAUUUAUUAUGAAUGUAUUUCCAUAUUAUCGACAAAAUCAGCAACGUUGGCAAAAUUCUAUUCGACAUUCAUUAUCGUUCAAUGAUUGUUUUGUUAAAGUUCCACGAGGGCCUGAUCGGCCGGGUAAAGGUUCCUAUUGGACAUUACAUCCUGACGCCGGUAAUAUGUUUGAAAAUGGUUGUUAUUUAAGGCGGCAAAAACGUUUUAAAUGUACAAAACAAGCAUCUAAAACUCGAUCACGAACAUCCAAUAAUGGACAACAACAACAGCAGCAAUCUACAUCGAGUAUUAGAUUAACAAAUGUUAAUAAAACUGAUCCAUCGGCAUCAAAUACUGAUGAAUCAGAUGAUGAAAAUGAAUCUAUUGAAAGUGGCAAUGCUAGAGAUGAUGAACAUCAUCAAACAAUGACUAUGGAUGGGCAAAUUCAUAUGCCAUUAACAAGAACAUCAUCAACUACUCCUACACAUAUUUCUCUUAAUCAUUCAACUGUAACUAUUAAUCAUUUUACUGCACCUAUACCAAAACUUUUAUCAACAAAUGAAGAUACAUAUCGUCAACAAAAUAACAAUGGAGUUAUGAUUUCUCCUUCAUCGAAACAACAUGAAACCUGUCAAUCAGUUCCUCGUUCUCCUCAAACUCAUCUUCCUCAUAAUCAUCAUCAUCAUCUUCAUCAUCACUCACAUCAACUUUACUCGAAUGAACAACAACAACAACAACAGCAACAACAGUUUCCUUCUAUUCCCCAUACACCUGUUUAUGUUGAUUUGCAACCAUUUCCAUCUAGUACAGCACCAGCAGAUAUUGUCUAUUCUGAUAAUGGUCCAACACCACCAACAACAUCAUCCACAAAUUAUUUUACAACUGAAUCAUCACCCUCAACGUCAACUAAUUCACUUCAUCCCCAUGCAUCAUCUGGUUAUUAUUUUACACAAUUUCCUGCAACGUCUUCAUCAUCAGUUAUAACGAACAACAAUGUCAUUGACUAUCAGCAGCCGGUUCGGCUUUAG